ACCUUCAGCAUCGCAUCUGAUAAUAAUUUUUUUGGUAUAAAAAGUUGAUAAUUUUCGAAAUCUGUAUCACUCUCAUUCAGUAUCCCUUUCAGUCAAUAACUAAUCGUGAAAAUGCUUAAGUUCUUAGCACUCAGUACAUUGGUGGCCGUUGCUAACGCUGGUCUCUUACCGCAAGUUCAUCAUGCAGCACCAUUGGCUUAUGCCGUAGCACCGGAACAUUACGAACAUCAUGCACCAGCUCAAUACGAUUUCAAAUAUUCCGUACAUGAUCCACAUACUGGUGACAUCAAAGAACAACAAGAAUCGCGACAUGGCGACAAUGUUCAAGGGCAAUAUUCCUUGGUUGAACCUGAUGGUCAUCGACGAACAGUACAAUAUACUGCUGAUGCUCAUAACGGUUUCAAUGCUGUAGUCCACCGUGACGGACCUAGCCAUCAUGAUGCUGCCCCAGUUGCUAUUGCCCAUUCUGCACCAGUUGCUAUUGCCCAUUCUGCACCAGUUGCUAUUGCCCACUCUGCACCGAUUGCACACCACACCGUCGUAGCUCAGCCAAUUGCACACCACACUACUUAUGCUCAACCAAUCCAUCAUGCACCAAUUGCCUACGCUCAACCAAUCCAUCAUGCAGCUCCAAUUGCCUACGCUCAACCGAUCCAUCAUGCAUCCAUUCAUCAUGCAACCCCAUUAACCUAUGCAGCUCCAUUGAGCCAUCAUCAUCAAUUGGCCGAAAGCCAUGCAACCAUUACACAUCAUGGUAACCAACAUCAUGCCUAUUAGAUUUCGGCUAGCAUGUAAAUAAAUUAUGUUUAGAGCAUUA